CUUUUAAAAUUAUAAAAUUAUUUUAAAUAUCACCGAUCUAAAUAUUAAAUGAUAUCUUUCUCAAUAGGGAAACAAAUCUAAUAAAUCAAUCCAUAAAGAUUUUUAUUUUUAUCUUCUAUUUAAAUAUUUCUAUAUAUAUUAUAAUUACCAAUGUAUUUUUCUUACAUACUCUAUAUACUCCUUUUUAAUUUUAGUAAAAAUGUACCAUAUAAUAGGGGUAGUUUUGUACACUCCUACGGCCUCCUUAAUAUCUUGACUUAUUCAAAGCGGACUAAUAAUUUAGGACGGAGGGAGUAACUAUUUAUUAAACCUUAACAUGUAUACUACGGUAUACAAGUUAACAAAAGCCAAUUUUAGCCACUGCUAACCACGCAUGGUUCGAUAAAAUUGCCUGUAAAGUGAAUACGAAAAGUGUGAAAGUGCUGCGAGAUUAGGUAAACCCUUUUAACUUUAACAUUAUUAAUUAGUACUGAACAUACUACAUGCUGGUAAAGCAUAUUGAUCAGAGAGAGAGAUAGAGGGAGGAAAAUGGAGAGUUUAUACAAAAUAUGGAAGCAAGUAUUUCAAGUGUUCUCCAAUGAAGAAGACUCGCGUCUUAAUAAUCUAGAUCAAGUAUUUACUAGUUUUUGUAGAAGUCCUUUACACAUAGCAGUUAUGUGUGGUGACAUUGAUUUUUCGAAAAGGAUUCUUUCAAAGAGACCUGACCUUGCAUUGAAAGAAGACAGACAAGGAUUUACCCCACUUCACCUUGCUUUAGCGAGAACAAAUCUUCAAAUGGUGAAAUUGUUGCUGAAGGCCAAACCCGAUGCUUGUAUGGUUCAAGAGAAAGAUGGAAAAACACCUCUCCAUCUAGCAGCAAUGAAAGAUCGAGCCGAGAUCAUGAAACUACUGAUGGAAGAAAGACCAGAAGCUAUUCACUUAAAGAACAAUCAAAAUAGUGAGACCAUACUACACUUUUGUGUUAAAAGUAACACUAAUUUGACGACUCUUAAGCUAUUGGUAGACAGGUUGGUGCUUGCAGGGACUUCAACCCCAAAUCCUAUCUUUAUCGACUCCAAGGACAAUGAUGGCAACACAGUUUUGCACCUACUUGCAGAAAUGGGAAAAAUUAAGAUUGUAAACUAUUUACUGCAGAGUAAUAAUAUAAGAAUCGAUAUAGAUGCCUUAAACAACAAGGGCCUGAAAGCCUUAAAUCUGUUAUCUCAAGUUGAGAGGAAUGAUCUAGAAAUUGGGUAUUAUAAUUACUUUGAACAGACCAAAGAGCUCACGGAUGGAACUAUUACGAGAUAUAUCCAGAUAUAUUAUGCAGAUGCAUAAUCUGUUAUGCAGAUGUACCAUAUUUAUUAUUCUAGCAUAUUUGUUAUAUCUGUACAUUACUUGGCUUGUACACCAAGUUAUUUCCUUCCUGUUUUAUCUCUGGUUCUUGUAUAUAAGACCAGGCACAUGUAUAUUCGUUUUGUACCUUUUACCUUAAUCCAAUAUACCAUGACAAGUUCUGGCAGGAACGUUAUCUGAAAUGAAGGACAGUAAACAGGUGAACAGAAAAUCGCCUAAAAAGGGUAAUCAUAAAGAGAGGGUGGACGCGUUAUUGGUGGUAGCUACGUAGCCUACGUUGAUUGCCGGAAUCGCCUUCCAAGCUAUGUUAAACCCACCAGGUGGGCUUUGGCAAGAUGAUUCUGAAGUUGAUUCUGGUAUCAACCCUGUGAAAUUUUCUUAUUAUCUUCAUAGUAUGUUUGGCUCCUCCG